UUGGUUUUCUCAAAAUCACGCGAUUCCUGGGUCAAAAUUGACGAGUUAGAGAAAAAGGUUGGUUUUUUUCGGAAUUUCAAAAAAAAACGCACAAUUUGAAACCUCCUCGAGUGUUGGUCAUUUGAUCAACCAACAGCUGAGCAAAAUUUUUGACAAGAGAGAGCAAAGUAUAAAGAAAAAUGUGAUGAAAUUUUGUGGAAAAUUUUCAGGAUGUCUAAAUAGGCCCAAUUCAUUUUUUUGGUGAAAAUUAGAUCAGAAAUAAUUGGGCCAAGUCCAAAUUUUUUGAGAAAUAAUCUGAAGCUCACAUUCUGAUUAUUUUCCAGAAGCGAAAAACGAACGGGUUCUCGAAAAUGCACACAGUUUCAAAUCUACCGCCUGCCGAAUGGCCGCCAGCAUCUUCGCAACCACCACCACAAGCCUCAACGAACCCCACCAAUAAGACAACACCGCCACAAGCGCCACCAAAACCAAUCUCUACAAAUUUCUCGAGUGCUCAUCCGCCACCCCUACCUUCUGCUCCGCCACAACAACAUCAUCAAUAUCGAAGUGGCGAAGGAUCGAGCAGUUCGAGUGGAGCGGGAGCUGGAGUUUCGAGGGCGUUUUCUUUUGAGCAUAGCCCAAGAUUUUCGAGUCGUGGUGAGGGAUAUUUGAGACAUCCACAACCGCCGGUUACUGCUAUUCGACAUCAGGGAAAUGCGUUUCAUUUUCCAGCUGAGGUUAGUUUUGAACCUAUUUUUUUGGAUUUUAUUUUGCUGAAAAUUAUCGAAUUUUUUUAAUUCAAGAGUAUUAAUUGAAGAAAUAAUUCAGUUUGAUUUUGAAUGUUUGUUGAAAAAACUUUCAGAUUUUAUAAAAAUUACAGUUCAAAAUUGUAUUUUGAAGUUUCAAAUUUAACAGAAUCCGUAAAAUUUUAAAAGAAACUUUUUUUUCCACUUUUUUAAUCCGGGCUUGAUUUUCCUGACAAUUAUUGAUUUUUUCUAAAUUUUAUAGAAGCCGAAUGUUGAAUUUUCAAAUCUAAUUUUUUGAAUUUUACAAAACCCAAGAGUUAUUUUUUUUUUGAAAAAAAAAUUCCAUUGAAAAUUUGUUCAAAAUUUCUCGCGCUCACACCAAAAAAUCCAAUAAGAACACCCAUAAAUUUCACAUCUUCCUCAAUUUUUUUCACCAAAGCUUUUAGAACAAAAGCACAUCCAAUUUCCUGCACUUUUUUCAGUCACACGGUGUGUCAUCACUUUCCAACUGACAUGUGUUUUUUGAAAAAAAAUCCAUAUGAUUCAUAAAAUUUCACAUUUCUAAACAAUUUUUUUUUCACACCACUCAUGAAAUGAAAUUGAAAAAAAAAAACAAUUUUCGGAACAUCCUUCAUGACUCAUAACUUUAUAACUCUGCGUCUCUACAAAAAUCGAGACGACGAGAGUCGAGCAGGAACACCUUUUUCCCGCCCCGCUUUUUCAAUGCUUCUUCAUCUUUUUAUCUUCUUAUUUCUUCUUCUUCUGUUUCGAAAAUGUACACAUUGAGUUUUGCGAACAAAAAAAUUUUUUUUUUGUAAAUUUUUCGUAAAGUGGACGCUUUUUGAUUCAUUUGUUCUGAGAAUUUGAUUUUCAAAGUGAACAAGAUGCAAAAAAAUUGAACCACCUGUUUUAUUUAUUUUUUUGUUUGCUGCUUGCAGGGUCACUAAAAUGUUUAUUCUGAUAUGAGGGUACUGUAGGUUACUGUAUUUCUGAACAUUUGUUUGACAAAAUUUUGGAGGUUUGGAAGUUGUAGAUCUAUGUAUUUCAUAUUCAGAAAUGUUGGGUUACUGUAGUUCUUAAUUUUUUCGAGCUUCCUAUAAUGUGGGUUGUGUUGGUUUUUUUGUUCGGAUGAGAGAUUACUGUAGGUUACUGUAUCUGUUUUCUAAACAAAAUUCAUGUUGUAGAUCAAAUUUUGACAAAAUCUGUAAAAACAAUUUUUGAAUACUGUAGUCUGAUUUAUAUUUUUUUGUGGUUACUGUAGAUGAUUUUUAAACGUACUUUCAGCCUACAGAAUUUUUUGGAAUACUGUAGUUUAUCAUGUAUUCUGGAAAUUCAUAGAUGUUGAUUACUGUAGACUUUUCAAAUUUUGUUGGUACCGUAAUUUAAAAGCUUUUCCAUGCGUAAUCAAAGUACGGUAGUUAGGUUUUUUUUUAUCAAAAUCAAUAUUUUUAACUGCAAGAUCUACUGUAGACGUAGAAUAAUUCAAGAUUACUGUAAAAUUUUCAAAAACCCUGCUCCCAAAACGCAUUAUAAACAGCUCUCCCAAUAAAUUUUUAUGUCGUACUGUAGCCAAUUUUUAUUAUUAAAAAAGCGAAAAGCUACAUCCUUUCCCAUCAAAAAUGUAAUAAAAAACAAUUUUUUUCGAUUUAAUCCAAUUCAAAUCUAAUUUUUGAUAAAUAUAAUAUGAGAGAAUAUUUAACAUAAGCAAAGAAAACGGUGUCAAGUUACAUGAUAUCAUUUUAUCGAUUAGUAAAGGCUGUUGAGAACAGCACAUGAAAAUGAAAAUGAUGAUAAAUCCCUCCUUUCUUUCUCCACAGCAAAAGCAACAGAGACAAAAGGUAAUAGUAGAAACCGGUUGAUGAGCAAGCAAGCAAGCAGGCAGGAAGAGGCUGGAGCAGGAGACUGCUCUUUUCUUGUUUGCUCCCUUCACUUUAUGAUUUGUUCUAACUCUUCCCCUCUUUUCUCUUUCUCCUUUUUCUCAUAAUAAUAAUAAUAAUAUUAAUCACUCAUCAACAUCAUCGUAAACAUUAUUAGUCUAUUUUUUUAGAAAUUGUUUAUAUUUUUAGUGGGAGAAGAAUCUUUCAGUUUCAUAUUUGAGGAUUUGAUUUAUUUUGUAUGUCUGGCUGGCGGGCGGGCGGGCGAGAAACAUUAGUUUUCUUUGUCUAUGUGAUUUUUUUUCGAAAAAUGUUUUGAACUUUUGACCCUGAUUUUUUGAACCAUGAAAUGUCGAGCCAUAAAUUUCUAGGGAUUUUUGCCCCGCAUUUUGAAACUGUAAUUUUCACCUUACAUUUAGAAGUUUUUGAGCCAUGAAAUUUUGAUGCAUAAAAAACUGAAGAAACUUGAGAGCUCAAAUUUUCUAAUUUUUAAAUGUUGAAUUUUCGGCCUGAAAUUUUCGAACUGUAAUUCUCAACCUAGGAAAAAUAAUAAAGCCUGGUUUUGGCUCAAAAAUUGGAAAGUACCAAAUCAGUGUUGAAAUUUCGAUUUUUUAAUUUUUAUCAGGAUUUUUUUGAACUGUGAUUUUCAUUAAUAAAAAUCGAUUUUUCAGAAAACAUUUAGAUAGUUCCAAUUUUAAAAUAUUUGAUUUUUUCAAAGUUAAUUCAAGUUUGAAAAUAUUAUCCCUUAAGUCAGGAAUAUACGAAAUAUUUUGUCUCCGAAAAAGUUUUGAAAUCAAAUUUUCAUUUUCACAUUUUCCAACUUCAAAAAUAAAAUUUUACAGAAAUUGAAAUUUAUUAAAAUUUUCUCCAGAAUCCACAAUUUCUGUUUUUUGCUCUUGAACAGCGUCUGAUCAAAAACUGAUUUUUUGUGCGCCACAAAAAAUGACUCACAAAUAAUUGUUUUUGUAACAAAAGUCAAUUUUUUUGUUUCAAAUCUUCUCAACACUUUUCAAAACAAAAAUGUUUGCAGACCGCUUCAAAACCACGUAAAUCACGUGUGUCUGGAAUGUUGUCACACAGUGGUGACACAUCGUCAUCGGCUGGUGGUCCUGCUGCUGCUCAUCAACAAUCUGGAAAUCAGACUGCAAGUCUUGUUGGCGGUGUUGCAACUGCUGGUGGACAUAUUAAAAAGGUACUGUAGGGACGAAAUUGAAAAUCUUAGAUUUUCAUUUCCUUUGAAAUCUACACUGUCAUAACAAACCCAAUUUUUCCAGUAUCAAAUUCCAAAUGUCUAUUACCCAAACCCAACGAAUGUUCAAGGAUCAUCCACAUCUUCCACGAAUAAUCAUUAUGAUGGUAGGUGAUCUGAAAUUUUCCGGCCCGAAAAAUUUAUCUGAAAAUAUUUCCAGCAACAAUGCACAGCGAGCCAACAUCAGCUCGAAAAUUCCGAUCACCGCAAGAUGCGCCUGUACGCAAGCUCACCACUGAUCUAAUCAAAACUUAUAAGCAAAUUAAUGAGGUGAGUAUUGUCAGCGGGAAUAUUUUGGGAAUCUCUGGAUUUUUCGCCAUGAAAAAACGGGCGUAGAAUACGGUAUAUCAAAGUUGUUUUCAGAUACCGUAGGGUUUCCCAGAUACAAAAGAGGAAUACUGUAGAACCUUUGAAGGGUAGUCUUUUCCAGAUCUUUCCAUUACCGUAUUUUAGUCAGCCUACAGCUAUAGGGUACUGUAAAUACCGUACCUUGAAUUUUUUGGUUGCUCGUAGACUUAUUGAUCUAAAAUGUUUCAUUGUCUGUUUUGUUCUGUCUACCGUACACUAUUAUAGGAUCAAACAUUUUUCUAUACAUUCUUCUUCUAGAUACAGUACCAUCCGUGAAUUGUUACCGUAACCUCGCUAGUUUUUUCCUAAAUCAUUUUUGAUCUAAAGUACCUAAUAGGCAACCUAGAAUACCUUUCAAAGAAACUGUAGAUUAUACGGUAUCACGGGAAUUCUUUUUGCGAAAAAAUUUAUUGCGAAAAAUCAUAUUCCUUCCGAAACUAUUUGAUUUGCCCCCCCGAAAAAAUCAAUUUUUCUCCAUUGUUUUUGUCGGAAUUUUCCCAUUCUCCAACAAUUUUUCGCCUUUGCUCAAAAACCAUUCAAUCUCUUAUCAUCCAAAGUUUAACGAUUCCCAACAAAAGAAUCCCCCGUUCGAAAAAUUUAUUUAGGAAAACAGAAGGACAAGAAAAAAAAACAUUUUUUCUUUGGCCAAGGCGCCGCCCAUUUUAUGGCUCUCCCCCCAUUCCAUUUUUUCUCAUUUAGCGGGUCUCUUUUUACAUACAUUAUAUUCACAAAUGUUCGUUUUUUCUGUAUUUUUUUCUACACAUGCAUAUACAUAUGUAUGUAUGUAUGAAUAGUUUUUUGUGUCUGUUUAUUUAGUUAGGAUGCUAUAGUUUUGUUUCGUCUUCUGAUUAUUGAUUAGUUAACUAAAAAGCUGGGUGGUCUUUGCACCCAGCGCCCAACCAGAUGUUCGUUUUUCUCCACUUUACAUAACUCGAAUUUAUCAUUUUUGUGUCUUUCUCUUUUUUAAGCUCUCUUGAGACCUCGUUCAUUUUUUGGUGGUGCAACCAAAAAAUUAUUAUUAUCAUGGAGAGAUUGCGAGCGCUGAGAAUAUCAGUCCGCAAAACCUGGGCUGUAAUUGUAAGUUGCACAUUUUCUACUCGGUCAGAAAACGGCGAGGUCGCUACCGAUCGGGGCGGAGUCGCUACACGUUUCGGGCGACUGGCCCGAGGCACUUCGGGCAAGCCUGGGGCGACUCGCUCGAGAUUGUAGCGACUUGCCCUGUUUUGGCCCCGUUAUUCAGCAACUCGCCCGGAACACGCUAAAUUUGCGGCAAGUUGCCCGGAACUCGCCACUUUUGAGGCGCUCUUGGGGCAACUCGCUGCAAAACGAGUCUCGACAAAAAGUGUAGCGAGUCGCCCCGAGCUAUGUCGUUUUUUGGCCGAGUAUAUCUGGGACCUUAAAAAUGGGUGGAAGUUUGCCUAAUUUGUUUACGUGACAAAAUGUGUAUGAAAGACAAAUGCCCUUGAAGCAAGCGGUGGGAAAAUUGCCUAAGGUGUCCAGAUUUUUUUUUUGUUAUUUUUUACCAAUGAAUCAUUCUUUGGGACAAUGGUGUUGUUUAUAUGGAAAAGGAUUUGCAAAAACAACUGGAGUACUGUAAUCUGAAAUUCAAUCAGGCCCUGAAAAAGAUAAAGACCCAUGGGCCCUUAUCCCAGUUUUCACAAGAAAAACCAUCCGUUUUCCAGUCCUUCUACGUCAGGAAACAACUUCGCCGCGGUGAACGCGAUCGUCAAGCGCAAGCAACAGCCGGCCAAGGAAGCUCAUCACAACCAUCGGAAACCUAUUCGAUUCAAAACGCUGUGCCACAACCCAAUUCAUAUGAUGAUCAAACACGUGGUCCACCGAUGCUUGACACCAAUGCGCCACCGGCGUCGCAAAUGGUCGUGCCAAUGCGCAGCGAAAACGACUUCCAACAACAACAACAAUCGAGACAUCGAUCGAGUCGAUGUGGACCGUAUAACGGUGGAUAUGAUGAUAAGAAUUAUGAUUAUAUUUUGAAGAAUGGCGAGGUUUUUGAUAAACGGUAAGGAAUUUUGAAUAUUUUUUCAGUUGAUCUAGAAAAUUUAUUGAACAACGAAGUUUUGAUAGAUUAAUCCAUUUGAACUCAGAGCCGUAUCCUGUAAUUAAUACAGUCAUUCUUCGAGCUGAAAAAGUUAACCUGAGCAAUGUAAAACCGAAAAGUUGCAAGCUCGAGCUCAAAAUAUGUUCAACCUUCAGUUUUCUACAAAACACUUAUUCUUGCUUUGAAAAACUUAACAUGAGCAAUGUCUAGAUCUCUCCCCUCAAUUCAAUUUCCAAUAUUUUCAGCUACGUCAUUCUCUCCGAUGUCCCUGUUGGAAAAGGUUCAUUUGGUCAAGUCACCAAGGCUUACGAUACUGUCAACAAAGAAGAAGUUGCGAUCAAAAUCAUCAAAAACAAGAAGACAUUCUUUGACCAAGCUCAGAUUGAGAUUCAUCUUCUUGAACUCAUGAAUUCGCAUGACAAAGAGAACAAGUAUAAUAUUGGUGAGUCAGAAAAAUCUAAUGAAAAAUAAAUCAAUCAAUAUAUUUUAGUUGGCCUCAAAGGACACUUUGUUCAUCGUUCACAUCUUUGCUUGGUUUUCGAAUUGCUCUCAUACAAUCUCUACGAUUUAUUGAAAAACACCAGUUUCCGUGGUGUCUCGUUGAAUCUGACCCGAAAAUUUGCUCAACAACUCGGCAAAACCCUGAUGUUCCUCUCGUCGCCAGAACUCUCAAUUAUUCAUUGCGAUUUGAAGCCUGAAAACGUGCUAUUGGUAAAUGCGAAGCGCAGCCAGAUUCGAGUCAUCGAUUUCGGUAGCUCGUGUCAAACUGGUCAUCGCAUCUAUCAGUAUAUCCAAUCAAGAUUCUAUCGAUCGCCUGAAGUAUUGUUGGGUAUUGCGUAUGACACGAAAAUUGAUAUGUGGUCGUUGGGUUGUAUUUUGGUGGAGAUGCAUACCGGUGAACCGUUGUUUGCCGGAAGUUCGGAAUUGGAUCAAAUGAUGAAGAUUGUGGAAGUUUUGGGAAUGCCGCCAAAAGAGAUGCUGGAUGCUGGAGCCAAGACUCAUAAAUAUUUUGAUAAGACUGAAGGUAAGCUAGUCUAGAACUUUGAAUCAUUAAAAAAAUCUGGAAUCUGAAACUUUUCUGAAAUUCUACAAAGCUUCCCUAUUUUUUCUCUUCCGAAUUGUUAUUUCUAAAAUGCGUAGGAUUUUUUAAUGUGAUAUAAUUUCAAUAAAAAUAAAUCGAAUCAAAAAAUUCUACAGUAAUCCAAUGAAAUAUCGAUUGAUGUUUUUUCCAGAAGGUCUUUACUACUGCAAAAAGACUCGCGAUGGCGGUCAUCGUCAAACAUACCGUGCACCAGCUCAUCGUAAACUUCACGAUAUUCUGGGCGUCACUUCUGGUGGUCCAGGCGGACGUCGUCUUGCUGAACCUGGUCAUACUGUUGAGGACUAUGCGAAAUUCAAGGAUUUGAUCAAACGAAUGCUUAGCUAUGAUCCAAAGACUAGAAUUGCGCCCUAUUAUGUUGUUCGCCAUCCGUUCCUUAAACAAAAAGAUGAGACAAAAGAGCGUGCACCAAGUCAACCGCCAACAUCACAUCAACCAUAUAGUCAUCAAGUGAUUAGUCAAGGAAUCCCAACAUCUGCGCCACAACCAGUUCAACCACCACCACCACAACAACAACAAUCGAUGCCACAUCACACCAAACCCACUGUCGGACAAGCGUAUCGCUAUCCAAAUCAGCAUACACAAAAUCAUGAUCAACCGAACUAUUACAAUCAACAUCGAGAUGAUGCGAUGGAGAUUGGAAGCGAGUGGCGACGCAGACAUUCGUCGCACGCCGCGUCUGGAAGUCGAACGCAUCACGGAGGACCGGCCAGCAUUGCGGCACCGUCGACUUCGAAUUAUGGUUCGAAUUUUGCGGCGAAUCAGCCACAGUCUUCACAACAACAACAGCCAUCAUAUAGUAGACAAGCAUCAAAGGAAUGGCAAAAUCAAAUGGAUUGUUCGGAUGAAUAUUUCGAGUGAGUUUUUCUUCUAAAAAAUUAUGUUUUUCAAAUUCCAACCAACUGUUUUUUUGCAGAAUGGCUGAUUCUGCUCCAGGAAGAUCGGAUGAAUUGAUGCCAUCCUACAGCGACGCAUCGGUCACCCAAGAUCCAUACAAACAUCAAGAUUUUGCAUCGGUACCAGUAAGUUUCCUACUUCUUCUUCUUCUCAUUUCCAAGUUUCUAAAUUCAUUUUUUUUCCAGGCUGUCACUCAAAGAAAUUCCAGCCAAGAUGCUCGCCCGGGACCAUCAAACUAUGGAUCAUAUCCAAAUUCAGCAGGCCAACCAACAUCAUCAAAAAAUGCCAAAAAUUUUGGCAACGCCUACUAUCUUAAUAACAAACUUUAG